GCGGCGCCCAUGAUUGCAAAAUUUCGUUCAAUUUUCCCCUCUUUUUCACGAAUUUACAUCGAUUUAAACCGUUGGCAGCGUUUUAAUUACAUUCGAUUCAUGCGCCAAGUUAUGGCUGAAUGCACCGAUGCCACUAUAGAUGACAUUUCUAUUCUUUAUCGCAGUGAGAAGUACGUUGUUGUGAACAAACGUUAUGACGUCCUCAUCAACUCUGAGGAGGAAACACAUACCAACCCAAUGUUCGGAAAUAUCGAUGUUGCAAAGCAGCUAUUCCAUGUCAUGCCAGAGGUCGCUGAUCCCAAGCUCGAACAUCAUUUCAGGUUUGUCCACAGAUUAGACUUUGCCACUAGUGGAGUUCUCUGCCUGGGUUUGAAGAGGAAAGCUGCAGGUAAAGCUGCCAUUAAAUUCCAACAAAGACUGGUCACUAAGCAUUACUCAGCUUUGGUGCGUAACACAGUCUACCGACUUGAUGAAAGAUCUGAACUGACUAUUAGUGCGGCUAUAGGCAGGGACAAGACAGAGGAUGCAAGGCAUAUCAUGACAACUGCUGACAAUCCAAACUGUGAAUCUCCUAGACCUUGCAAAACAAAGAUGGUGCUGCUGGAGACGGGCAAAUACGACGGAGAGCCAGCCUCAAAGGUUUUACUUAUACCUGAAACUGGUCGUACACAUCAACUGCGAGUUCACUGUCGUCAUGUGGGCCACCAGAUAGUCGGAGAUUAUGCAUACAGUAAUCGGACAGACGUCAAGCCAUACCGUAUGAUGCUUCAUGCAUUUCGACUUGUUAUUCCGCUCCAGAAUGAACACAUUGAUGUUGUGGCUCCGGAUCCUUUUACUCCAGAAACUGACAAACUAUGGCAACCUGAUAAGGUUGUGCGGACUUAUGAUGACUAUGUUAAAGAUCAAGACUUUAAGAAAACUUUAUCUUCAGGGAAAAAAACAUCUCCAGGAAGGAAGCCAAAGCAUAGAAACAUUCGUGAUGGAACUACAAGUAGUGCUCCUUGUACAACCGGUGAUUUUGAUGGGGCUACGAAUACUGCCGUUUCUGUAACUGGUGAUUCAAAUAGAAGUUCAAAUAGUGGUCCUUCAGCUGGUCAUGGGGCUUCCCAAACACCGAUUGUGAAAAUGUGACAUAAUAUAUGAUUUUUAUUUCA